AUUUUUAUGUUGCGGUCUAUUUGCAUCAUUAAGAGUAUACAUAAUCGAAAUGAUAUAAAGUCAAUAGAAUGCAAGAUAAAAAUUUAUCAUUAUUUCGAAAGAAAGAUGGCAAAGAAAGUUGAUGGAAGUGAUGUGAAUUUUUGAAGAGCAAAAUACAGACCUGUAUAAAAUAGAGAAAAUGGCGACCGACAUCGAAGAAUCAGAUACUGAUGAUCAUGAAAGGCCAGCUCCACCAAAACGGCAAUGUACACGACUCAAAGCUACCGAAACGAUUUGGGAUAUGGAAAAAAGUUCAAAUGGAAAAAAAAUGGAACAAAUACAAGAAGCAGAAAAUGUUGAAUAUGAUGAUGUAGAGAAACAAGCAAGGGAAAAAUUAAAAAGAUGGCAAGCUUGUCAAGUUGCCAAGGGAUAUGUAGAUAAUACUAUUAACAAAGUAUUAGAAAAUUACAUCAUGGGAACAUCAUCUUCUUAUUCUUUAGAGGAAUCCAGAUUUCAAUUAUUCAGAGGAAAUGAUAUGGAAGAUACAGCAGUCAUGAUGGCAAUUCGUAAUCAUGGUUUAGUUCAAUCUGCAGAACUUGUUUCUCAAUCCAAUGCUUUUUACAGUGACAAAGCUCCAGGAUAUUGGACCAAUAAUGAAUAUACAGAUCUGCAUUGUUUUUAUCCAGCCAAUCAUAAAUCAGAUAGUGGAAAUUUUGAGAAUUCAGUAGCUACUACAUCUACAAAUUCAUUGAGAUUGAAUGAUUCAAAAAAUGCAGAAGAAUAUAAUAGAUUUGAUUGGGAUUUGGAUAAAAUAGAUGAAAAUGAUCAACAGGAAAACUUUUUAGAAAGAGCUGUAGCAGAAGCUAUAAAGAAAAAAGGGCUUAGUGCUCUAAGCGUUGAUUAUGGUUGAGCACUCUAAAUAUUUCAUCUUAAUAUAUGAUUACACAAUAGCAUUGCAUAUAACUUUUUAUCUUUGCAAAUCCAUUUCGAUUUGUAUAAUAAUUGCAUAGAUGAUAUUCAUCAAUAAUUUUGCGACUAAUUGUAUUCUAUUAGACAAGACAAAAAUUUUUUCUCUAUUUCUUUAUUCAUCAUGAGCAGAUGUAUGUCUAGUUAUGCAUAGAGAUUUAUCAUAUAUAUAUAUUGCAAAUUAAAAUAUUUUUGACGAAAAAUUAAAUUUCAUUAAUAUAUAAAAAUCAAUGUAGUACAAAAUUUUGUUUAUGAUUAAUUAAAUUGUAUAAAAUAAAAAAUUCAAUCAUAUUUGAUUUAUUUAAAAAAAGAAUUUUAAAAAUUUUAAAUACUUAAUUCUAAAUAUUUCAAAUAUGUACAAUAGCUUUAAAUCAAUUGGUAAUUGUUAAUUAUUGUUAAAAUUCAAAAAUCCCAAUUCAUUCCAUAUAGUAUUAUAUUGCUUCUAUCCAUUCCUGAAAACUAUAUUUUUUUGUAAAUCAUAAUUUCUUACACGAUAUAUGUUUUUUAACAUUAAUAUAAUGAAGAAUAUGUAAUGAAUUUUAAAAAGAAAAACGAAUCUAUUUUAUGUAAGAAUAUUAAAAGUACUUUCUUCUAACUUUUUCAUUUAUAUACAAAGGCUGUAUGUAUUACAAUAUCUGUAAAUAGAUUGUUACGUAUGAAACAUAUAAAUAAAAUUUUCAUUCACGUUAUACGACGAUACAUAUUUGUACAGAACAUAUAAUGUGUUCUCUGUGCACAUGAUUCAUAUUUCUGGCAUUUAUGAAUAAAGAGGUGUAAACAAA